CCAAAGCCCCUGCUCAGUUUUGCGACAUCGCAGUUGUAUCUCUCCAGUGGCAAAUUCUCUUUCAAUCAAGGUUGGUGCCACCGCGAUCGGCGUUGAUGAAACUCUUUGAUCGUGACCUCCAAUUAAGGGGCAUGGAGGCUUCCCCUCUACAAGAUGGAUGGAUGGGUCGUGUGAAGAAGGUCCGGAGAACCCCCGCAAACUCUCCCAAUUCAUAACACCAAGCAAUGUGUCAAACUUCCACGUCGUUCCUGUCAACCACAAUAGAUCUCUUCCUCCUGACCACCCAAGCCUUGAUGGUGGCCUAGUCGGCGACCUUGCCCCUGUCAAUCACUACUAUCGCAAUGGGGCGAUUCCAAGUUCCAAGAGCGCUGGUGCUCGGCUGGCAAGCCCAGUUCCACUCCGAGCCCGCGCCGUUCAUUGUCUAUUGACGAUCAGCUACCCGAUAUGUCCAAUUGGCAAUAGCACGUUCCUUCGUUCGAGACCCGCUCAUCGGAAGGGGUGUUCGUGGCUCCAUCCCGCGACAUUUAUCGCCUAUGACUGGCGCGGCUCCAACAUCCUCCAACUGCGCCUAACCUGUCACCGUUUAGCCGACAGAACUUUGUUGUCUUUUUGUCCCCGUUAGAGCAUGAAAUCGAGAGUUCCUCUCGCUAUUGAUCACCCACUGCCUGAUAGGCUGGUUGGAGUAACUAAAUAAGGUAAAGCUCGGCUGCUAAGACUGCCACUGAAAUUAGAUCUGCAUCCUGCAGGCCUUACAGC